AUGCCUCCCGAGCCUCGCUUGGAUCCCCACCAGGCGGCCCAACACGCCGACACGCCGCCCAGCAGCAUCGCCGAGGCCGAGGUCGCCAAGUUGAUGGACGUGGGCGAGUCGGCGAGCGGCACGUCGUCGUCGCGCCAGGGCAGCGUGCAGAAGGACAAGGAGGACAAGACGUGGAGCCAAGGCGACGACCCGGACGACGAGCCCGCCCGCAAGAAGGCCCGCACGUCGACCGACUCCAGCUCGACCUCGACCAAGGCCACGACCAAGGGCAAGGGCAAGGGUCGGGCGGGCAAGCUGUCGACGUUCCUCGCCAUGCCGCUCGACAUCCUGGUCGAGAUCUCGCGCCACCUCGACCCGCUGUCGCUCCUGUACAUGUCGCGCGCCAACAAGAUGAUGCACAGCGUGUUUGCGCGCCGCUCGGCCGCCCCGAUCUGGGCCUCGGCGCGCGCCAACGUCGACCUGCCGGCGCUCGAGGCGACCGACCUGAGCGAGAUGCAGCUCGCGAGCCUCGUGUUCGAGCGCAACUGCCACCUGUGCGGCCGUGGCAGGGCGUCGAUCGUCGACUACGCGCUGUCCGCUGGUGCAAGCCUCUGCAGCCAGUCGGAGCUCGGCGAGACGAAGAUCAAGAACCUGCACGUCAAGACGCUCGAAUGCUCCCUGUUCACCAGCGUGUCGCGCUACAGCUCCAACAUCAAGUUCUUCUGCAAGCCGGACGUCCAGGCCACGAGCGACAAGCUGCACGAGCUCGACGCACGGACGCUCGAGGACGACAAGACGCGCAAGGAGCAGGGCAAGGUCGAGGACGGCAACGAGGUCAAGGCCGACGAGGUCGCCGUCAACGCGCUCGACGCGUUUGUCCAGCGUCGCCGCGAGAACGUCGCCGCCGCCCAGAAGGACGCCGAGGCGCUCGUCAAGUGGGAGAACUCGUCGUCCGCGUCGCGCAAGGAGAUCAGCGCCGCCGCUCGCAAGGCUCGUCGUGACGCCAUCACGGCGAGCCUCGUGAGCCUGGGCUACAAGGAGGUCGACUACGCCGACUUGCUCUCGUCAAGCGUCUCGAAACUGGUCGACCAGCCGACGCAGCUCACCGACAAGAUCUGGAUGCGCAUCUCGCCCAAGAUCAUCGAGUACGUCGAGGCGAAAAAGGUCGACCGCAUCAGCCGCGAGCGCUCCCAGCAGCAUGGCAAACGCCUCCUCGCCCUCCUCGCCCUCAAGCCGCGCUACGAGGCCCUCCUCGCGCUCCAGGUCGGCGAGGCGCACAUGACCUUCCCGUCGUGGGACGUCUUCAACAUCCUGCCGAGCGUCGAGCCGUUCUGGUUCUUCGAGGAUGCCGACACGUCAGACGAGGCGUGGGACACGGCGCUGCCCGCCAUCGUCGACGAAGUCGACGUCGCCCGUCGCGUCAUCAAGAUCGGCUACGCGCGCAAGCUCGUCGAGGUGUUCGUCGACGCCGGCGCGCCCGUUGACGCCGUCCUCGUCAAGAAGCUCGCGGCGCCGGCCGAGCCCGUCCAUUCGACGGGCGCCCUCCUCAGCUCGAUCGACCAGCCGCUCGAGUACGCCCACACGUACGGACCUCUCGUACGCGCCAUUGUCGACCUCGGCGAUACGGCCGACACCGUCACGGACGCCGAGUUCGACAGCGUCUUUGGCCAGCUCUUCGCUUGGUUCUCGCACUACAGCUUCGGCGCACCCCGGCGCUUCCCCGAGAUCCACGCCUUCCUGCGCGACCAUUGGAGAUCCGCUCUCGCCGACACUGCCUGGUCUGCGCCUGCGACCCUCGUCAAGCAGGUCCUCAACGUCCUCAAGCGCGCCGGCGUGCCCAACCACCAGUCGAGCGGCGACAAGCUCUCGGCGCUCGGCCCCGUGUUCGAGUGCCACGGGUGCAAGGACCAGCAGCCCGAGUCGAUCGUCAGCAACGGCGUCCAGGUCAUCGUCAACCAAGCCGUCACGAAGUCCUGGUUCGACCUCAUCACGCACGCAUUCACGACCCACUCGCACGCCUACUCGACGCCGGCCGUCGGCGUCGUGCCCGAGAUCCGCCUCCUCACGCCCGCCUACUUGCCCAGCGCCACGGUGGUCGUCGACACGGGCGCCACGCGAGUCAUCAUCCACGGGUUCGGCAGCUUCAAGAGCUGCGUGAGCAUAUAG